UAAAAACCUAUACUCAGUGUAAUAAUAUUCAUUACGAAUUUUAUCACAGUCCAAAUAGGAGUGAUUCUGAUUCUGAUUCUGAUUCUGAUUCUGAUUCUGAUUCUGAUUCUGAUUCUGAUUCUGAUUCUGAUUCUGAUUGUGGUUGUGGUUGUGGUUGUGAUUGUAUGUAUGCACAAAUAUUUCACAUUCAUUCAUAAUGAACAGAUUAAAGUUGGUGAAAAAGUUUUUAAUGCCAUGUGGACUUUGCGCUGCAGUGCCAGUAAUUAAAUCACAAUCUCCUCAAGAUUAUCCAGAAUCUUGCAAUCAUAAGAAAGAAAAUAUGAUUCGUCCAUCCGAACUUCCUAUUUAUCCAUUAGAAGAUGUUUACUCCAAAGAUAUUCCAUGUUCAAAUGUUCAUUCAUCUGCCUUGGAGCAACAAUUUGGAACGAUUAGAAGAUCUCUGCAAGGUAUUAUGUUGCAAUGGCAUACUAUAUCGGAUAACAUUUCUUCUAAGAUAAAUACUGGACUGGAGCAUAGUCAAUUUUUGGUAGAGUAUCUUCAAGAAGAAGAUAAUACUAUGCCACGAUUUGGUGCUAUUGGAAUAGGUGGACUGACAGGUUUAAUAUUUGGACUUAGAGGAGGUAUUAUCAAAAAAUUUGUCUAUUCUAGUACGGGUGCUCUUACCGUUGGAGCCAUUUGUUAUCCUAAGAAAGCUCAGGAAAGUUUUGAAUAUGCCAAACAUUAUGCUAAUGUUAGUUAUAACUUUAUUUACGGUGUGAAGCCAGGAGAUGACGAGCGAGCAUUGCCAGAUAUUAAACUGCCAGAUAUUUCGACGUUUAAAAUGCCUAAUACUUUUUCGGAAUUUGUUGAAUUGAGCGCUAAUAUGGGUCAGAGUAUUUCUAGUGUGGUUGGUUCUUUAAGCGACAAAAUAUGGGAAUUUACAACUGAUAAGAAAGAGGUAACGAAAUCUCCAACAAAUUCUGAAAACAAUAAAAAAGUUGAUUGAAAGGAUAUCAUUGGAUUAUUUCAAUCGUAGUUGUCUGUCAAAAUGUAUUAACAAAAAUAUAGAUAAUACUUAUAGAGUCUCUCUCUCUCUCUCUCCCCCUCUUUUUCUUGGAAUGAUAUCGCAUGAUUGAUAAAGAAAUAGUACAAUUACGUAUGUAAUUUUGAUAUAAUUUGAUAAUUUUGUAAUAUUGAAAUUUGAUUAGCAGAUUAAAAACGUAUUAUACCUUAUGACAAAUCUGUCAUAGUAGCCUAAUGAAAGUACUUAUAUCUUUUUAUAUUCUUUUUACGUCCAUUUAUUCCUACUGGUAAAGAGAGAAUGAGAGAGAAAGAGUCCUCUUAAUUGAGUCGGCGUCAAGCGCGUUAGGGCCAAUUGUAGGGUAAAUGUGGUAAUGUAAUACUGUCGUUGAAUCUUCCCACAUCUUUCCUACAUGUGGCGCUUCAUAUAGCGAAUUUUACAUUCGCAAGGAUAGGUGUCGCGUGUAUGUCUCUUUUGGAUUGGUUUCGUUAUAUAAAUGUACGUAGGUGAACUGUAACACAUACUAGUUUGAAUUCUAAGCUUAAUACAUGUACAUUGAUUCUUCAAGUCAGUUAUUAAUGUUAUAUAUUGGAGAAAUAGAAUAGAAGAUAUAUUGUAUAUUAAAUAUUCGAGUAAUUAUUAUAGAGCAACGUUGUUCUCUUGCUGGUCUUAGAAUGCCGUUUGUAAGGAAAAAUAAAAGAUGAAAUGAUUGUAGUAUCAUA